AGAGAAAAUGAUCUUAGUAGAUUGUUUGAUAAAAUGAGUAAUUAGAGAGUCUAAAAUCAUGAAUCUUGGGAUUGAAGAGCAAAGCCGUAGUUCUCCGAUAGUGCUGGAGGAUAUUGUUCAACCACAAGAUAAAAUCGCAAUCCUGGCUUUAGCUAUUCAGAAAGAGCUGUAUCCAAGGAAUACAACGAAGAACAAACUUGAUGUCACGAUAAAAUUCAUUUUUCACUUAUGCUGUCUCACCAUCACAUUCGUCGUCUUUGUUUCAAUAUUUAAGAGCUUUGUGUUCACGGACAAGGACGGAAAAACCUUAUUCAACCGGGAUUCAAAAAGAUGUCCGUCACAUGCUUCAAAACUGAAUGCAGACACUAUCAACAAAUCAGAAAUACUUGAAUUAAGCCAGCAUGUGGAAUAUUCCUCCAGUGAACCAGAACACGGGAGGGAAACCUUGAUAUCCAAGAGUACAAGCGGAAUUCAGGUUCUCACAAAUGAGUUUACAGAAACGGCUGAACCCAAUAAACCUCAAGAAGCAGAUACUGAAGAUCAUGAUGAAACUAACAAAGUAUUAAACUCUGUUAAAACUGCUGAUAAAGGAAUACCCAAGGAUAGAGAAAAUACUACCGUGGAGAAAACAUUCAAAUCCAAGGAAGGGUUUGUGACUGGCGGGAACGUGGAGGCUAAUCAGAUUGGAAUACAAAAUGACAGAACCGAGACGGGAUCAUCUGACGUCCCAAAGGAGAGUGUUGAGGAAGGAUUAGAGAACUUGAAACAUAAAAAUGUUACAGAAAAGAGAAAGGGUGGUUGUUCCUCUGGAGAUGCACACGAUUAUUUCUCCGGGUUUCUCAUCUACGCCGUUGCAUAUAUCUGCAUCAUCUUCAUGAUAUUUAGUAUGGUGGCUCCUGAGAAUAAAUCGUAUCCUGGUCCUCCGGAGAUUAAAAAAUGUAAUCUUCAACAUCAUUCUCUCACUAAUGGUUGGACUACCACCACAACAAUAAAGAUUGACUUGGUGACUGUUCCGGGGCCAAUUGGUAAAAACUUCAAACUAAUUCAACAUGGUGGUAACUCUGAGCUAGAGCCCCGACGUUGUGUUGAUGAAGGUGUUCUUCUCUGCAUCUGUGAAACCUGUCGAUCAAGAAGGUGUCAAACAAUGCCGAACCGUGCCACAGGGAGGUCACCAUCUCAAGGUUAGUUUAUACCCCGGGUUAUCCGGCUCUAACUGGAUUAUCAAUUUCAAAUUGUGUGUGGAAACUCUA